AUGUGCAAUUAUACAAAGCGUGAACUUCACUGCGGCCACGUCCGAUAUAUUGUGUCGGAAUGGUGCGUCGUCUAUUCCAGCACCCACCGACCAUGCCCGCCUCUCGUUACGUUUCACGAAGUCCGCGGCGAUGGAAUCUGUGGUGACUGUAAACCAUCCACUCCGGUUGCAUGGGAAUCUAUGAUUAACCGGUAA